GGCAGGCACCGGGCCCCCAGGAGGAGCGACGGGCGCCGGGCCCCCAGGAGGAGCGGCGAGGGCGCCGGGUCAUCAGGCACGACAACGGGCAUCGGGUCACCAGGCAUCAGGACAUUUGGCUCGCCAGCGGGCACCGCGUCAUCUGGCAAGGCAGUGGGCACCGAGUCACCAGGCACGACAGUGGGUUCCGAGUCAACUGGCAUGACCACGGGCACUGGGUCAGACAUUGGAUUGUCUGGCUCGACAGCGGGCAUCGGGUCACCAGGCAUCAGGUCAUUUGGCUCGACAGCGGGCACCGGGUCAUCUGGCAAGGCAGUGGGCACCGAGACACCAGGCACGACAGUGGGUUCCGAGUCAAACUGGCAUGACCACGGGCACUGGGUCAGACAUUGGAUCGUCUGGCUCGACAGCGGGCAUCGGGUCACCAGGCAUCAGGUCAUUUGGCUCGACAGCGGGCACCGCGUCAUCUGGCAAGGCAGUGGGCACCGAGUCACCAGG